ACAAACUCUCUGGUUUGUUAGGAAUUAGAUUGGACGUCUUUAGCUAAUGACAUAACUUGAAACUUUAUAGAAGCAAGUUAGUUACCGCAUGUAUAUAAUUUCUUUUAUAAGCAGUAUAAUUAAGGCAGGGGUACUCUAACCCUUACACUAAGAGCAAAAAACUAUUCAAAUUACCUCCCAAUUUAAAGGGGGGUUAAACUAGUUAAAAAUAUUACACUUAAAAUGACUUUUCCAAUCUAAAACAUACCACUUUUAAGGCAAGAAUUUAGUAAACAAAACACACACUACAAGAAAUCUUUGAAAUAGCCAGGGGAAUUAGCCAGGGGUAAAUCUUCACGCAAAUAAAUGACUUUGCUUGGGGUAAAGCCCCUCGCAAACCCCAAUUUCAAAAAAAAAAAAACAGCAUUUGUAUACCUAGGGGAUACCCGUCGCAAAUAGAAGAAGAGGGAAAUUUUGAUUUUCAAAAUCUGCAUUGCGAGGGGAUACCCCAAGCAAAAUAAAGUGGCGCCAAAAAGAAAAUUUGGUGGACAGCUAAUGCAGCAUUUAGCGAGGGGCAUCCCCAAGGAAAUAGUAGUGUUGAUUUUAGCGAGGGGAGGCCCCUCGGAAAAAAGACAGUAUUGUCUCAUCAACUGUGCUAGCAGUCUGCGCGUGCAGUCCCCAAGUUUCAAGGUUGCAAUUUGCGAGGGGUCCCCCCACGCCCCAUUGGACCGUUUCAUUACCGACGGGCCCCCCCUCGCUGAUAUCUGAAUUAGAUCCGUUGCACAUUAAUUGGACCGUUUAACAUUAUUAUUAUUUAUCUUUCUUCUUCCUUUUAACAACACAAUUCCAUUCCUCAACUUUUCAAUCUCAUCCCUCUCAAUUUCUCUCAAAACUCCAUUCCUCUCAACUUCUCAACAACACUUAAGAAGGCAGAAUCUUGGAAUAAAGCUCUGAUAUUUUGAAGGAAAUUUUCAAAGUCUACACCAAAGUUGUCUUCAAAUAAGUAUGGAACAUUACCAAUUUUAUCGUAGUUGGAUGUACGAUAGAAUGUUUCCUGGACGACGUGGGCUUAAACCACUUUUUAUGGAAGGAGUUGCCGCGUUUCUCUCGUAUGCGUUUGCUCAAGAAUGUUGUCGCAGGGAAGGAGGGGUAAGGUGUCCGUGUUUAAAGUGUGGUUGCAGAAAUAUUAUCAGUGACCCUAGUGAAGUGAAGCGUCACUUGGAGAGAGUGGGUUUUAGGCCAAAUUACUGGGUUUGGACAUCUAAUGGGGAAACAAUGCAGGAGAUGAAUAGAGAGGCUUCUAGCAGUCAAACUCAUAUAGAACCAGAUAUAAAUAGAGUUGAUCCAGGGAGUAGUUCAUCACAUAUACAGUGCCAGGAGCAAUUUAAUCUUGUCGAGGAGAUGUUCACUGACGCAUUAGGGGUGAAUGUGGCGUAUGAUGAACCACAAGACUUAGAUGGAGAAGAGCUCCCGAAUGAGAAAGCUCAAAGGUUUUAUCAGCUGUUGAAAGAAAUAAAUAUACCAUUGUUUGAGGGGUCUUCUGACUCUAAGCUAUCAAUGUGUGUGAGACUUUUGGCUGCGAAAUCAAAUUGGAAUGUUCCUGAUCAGUGUUUAGAAUUCUUUGCGAGAUUGAUGUUGGACGCGACUCCUGUGAAAGAAAACAUGCCUACAAGUUAUUAUGAUGCAAAGAGGGUGGUGUCGAAGUUGGGAUUAGAAGUUAAAAAGAUUGGUUGUUGCAUUAGAGGUUGCAUGUUGUUUUAUGACAACGAAUUUGGUACAAAUGAUGGGGAAUUGGAGGAAUGUAAGUUUUGCGAGAGUCCGAGGUAUUUAGUUAGCAGUAAAGGAGUUGACCAAAGACAAAAUCGCAUUGCAGUGAAAUCUAUGUUCUAUCUACCAAUAAUACCUAGGUUGCAAAGAAUGUUUGCAUCAAUGCACAGUGCAAGCCAAAUGGCAUGGCACCAUACAAACAGAAUUAGUUCAGGCAUGAUGCGACAUCCAUCUGAUGGCGAGGCAUGGAAACACUUUGAUAGAGUUCAUCCUGAAUUUGCACUUGAACCUAGGAAUGUCCGACUUGGAUUAUGCUCAGAUGGUUUCACUCCUUAUAAUUUUUCAGGAAAUGCAUAUUCUUGUUGGCCAGUUAUUGUUACCCCGUACAAUCUCCCUCCUGAGAUGUGCAUGACGAAACCUUACAUGUUUUUGACAUGCAUCAUUCCGGGACCGUCGAGUCCAAAGGCGGGAAUCGAUGUUUAUUUGCAACCUUUAAUUGAUGAUCUCAAGAGGCUGUGGGUGGGAGCGUGGACUUAUGAUGUGUCUCGUAAACAAAAUUUUAAUAUGCGAGCGGCUUUGAUGUGGACAAUUAAUGACUUUCCUGCAUAUGGCAUGUUGUCUGGAUGGGGUACACAUGGUAAAAUGGGAUGUCCGCAUUGCAUGAAUCACACAAAAGCGUUUACUUUGGACUUUGGUGGGAAAGGUUCGUGGUUUGAUUGUCAUCGUAGGUUCUUACCUACCAACCAUGAAUUUAGAAGGAAUAAAGAUGCUUUUAGAAAAGGAAUAAAAGUAAAAGAUCUACCUCCCCCUCGAUUGUCAUCGACUCAAGUAUGGAAUAAUGUUUGUGACCUACCAAAAUUUACAGACUAUGGUGAAGCACGUAGAAUUAAAGGAUAUGGGGUUGACCAUAAUUGGACAAAAAGAAGUAUCUUUUGGGACCUCCCAUAUUGGAAGGAUAAUUUGUUGCGUCAUAAUCUUGAUGUUAUGCAUAUUGAGAAGAACUUUUUUGAUAAUGUGCUUAACACGGUGAUGGAUAAUGAGAAGACAAAAGACAAUGAGAAGGCUAGGAAAGACAUGGAACUUUAUUGUAAUCGAAAAGAAUUGGAGUUGAAACCUCGACCAAAUGGAAAAUUAUUAAAACCCAAGGCUUGUUACACUCUUACUCCCCAAGAAGCAAAAGCUGUAUGUCGGUGGUUAAAUGAAUUGAGGAUGCCUGAUGGUUAUUCUUCUAACCUGGCAAGAUGUGCUGACGCCAACACUGGUAAAUUGCAUGGAAUGAAAAGUCACGAUUGUCAUAUUUUCAUGGAACGAUUACUUCCAAUUGCAUUCAGUUCACUGCCCAAGAAUGUGCUUAAUCCACUUACUGAGAUCAGUCAAUUUUUUAAAGACAUUUGUGCUUCAACUUUAAGAGUAGACGACAUCAUUAAAUUGGACCGAAAUAUUCCUGUCAUUCUUUGCAAGUUGGAGCAAAUAUUCCCGCCAGGUUUCUUUGAUUCUAUGGAGCAUCUCCCUGUGCAUCUUGCUUAUGAAGCUUUUCUAGGUGGACCUGUUCAAUAUAUAUGGAUGUAUCCAUUUGAACGAUUCAUGGGUGAUUCAAAGCGAUCAGUUAAAAAUAAGGCACGAGUUGAGGGAUCAAUUUGUGCACAUUAUAUACAUCGCGAAACAUCACAUUUUUGCUCUCAUUAUUUCAAUCACAUGAUGUUGUCUCCAAGAAUCAUAAGGAAUGAAGUUCACUUCAGUGAAAGAAGUCAAUUUACCUUAUCAGUUUUCGGUCGUCCAGGCCGUCCCGCAGGGAAGAAGAGUGAGCAUUGGCUUUCACAAAAAGAAAUGCAGUCUGCUCAUGUUCAUGUGCUGAUUAACUGCGUUGAAGUUAAACCAUAUCUUGAGGCAUUUGGUACCUACUAUUAUCAAAGCACAGGCGAACAACCAUCGACUGGUUACACACAUGCCUAUUUUCCAACAUGGUUUAAGCAACAAUUAUCAUGUAUUGUUACACCAAGUCCUGACUUAAUACAUUUGCGAAAUUUGUCUGAAGGCCCUAGUCAACGUGUAAAUGAAUGGCACACAUAUUUUGUAAACGGUUACAAAUUUCACACUGAGGAAUGGAGUGUAGGGAAGAAAACCGUAAACAGUGGUGUAGUCGUAAAAGGAGUUACAGAGGGUGGUGAGGACGACUUCUAUGGGGUUAUCACACAUAUUUACGAGUUGGUUUAUAAUUAUAUGGACUCGGAAAAUAAAGUUGUCUUAUUUUAUUGUGAUUGGUAUGAUCCAUCUUCUAGAGGAACAAAAAUUGAUAAAAAGUAUAACAUUGUUGAGAUUCGAAGAGAUAGAAAGUACAAAGAGUAUGACCCUUUCAUUAUGGCACAUAAUGUUAGGCAAGUUUAUUAUGUACCUUAUCCUUCAAUUACCCCACGGAAACGAGAAUGGUGUGUUGUAAUCAAAUCCAACCCAAUGGGUCACAUUGAGACUGAUGAGUUAAUGGAAGAUGUUGCAUACCAACAUGAUGAGAUUUCACCUGUUAAUGAGGUAAUUGAAACCGAGGAGAUUGUAAGUUUGUGUGAUACUGCAGUUGAUGGUCAACAAGUUGACGCAAGUAUCUUGUUGUCAACAAAUCCUAUGGAAGAAGAGCAUGAAGAGCUGGGAGAGUCUGAAGACAAUAAUAUCAGAUGCGAUGAAGACAACGAAGAUUAUGAUGAUGAAUAAAUUGAAUAUGUAAUAUUAUCUUGAGUAUUUCACAUAUUAUCUUGUGUAAUAGUAUCUUGUGUAAUAUUAACUUUUAAAUAUUAUCUUGUGUAAUAUUAAAUUUCAAAU